UUACAAACAAGUUUUUCUGCCUAUGACUAAGAAAUGGUUUUGUGUCUUGUCAAGGGAAUGAUGGUUGUGUUUCUCACAGGACUUGGUGUUGUGGGGAACAUCUUUAUUCUUAUGAACUAUAUGUGUUUGUUUAGAAGCACCAUGAAAUCUGCACACCUUAUUCUCAUCCAUUUGGCUUUUACAAAUAUUUUAACUCUUCUUACAGGAGGAAUGCCAAGGACAAUAUCCAGUUUUGGGUUGAGGAGCCUCAUAGAUGAUAUAGCCUGUAAGACUGUAAUUUACCUCAAUAGGGUGGCCCGGGGCCUGUACAUCAGCACCACCAGUCUCCUCACGUUGGUCCAGACCAUCACCAUCAGCCCCAGAGCCUCCAGGUGGAGGAGGCUGCAGCCAAGGUCUGCAUGGAGCAUCCUUCCCUUGUUGCUCUUCUUCUGGAUUCUCAAUUCCUUGAUAAGCAUGAACUUACCAUUUUACAUAAAAAAUAUCAACAGGAUGAACACAUCACAAAUUAUUAGCAAUUAUAACCACUGCUAUUUUCAAUCACAAAACUGGAUUAUUAGAUGGCUUUUUAUUGCUCUCAUGGUCCUUCGAGAUGCUGUGCUCCAGGGUGUCAUGGGCUUGGCCAGUGGCUACAUGGUCUUCCUCCUCCACAAGCACCACCAGCAUGUCCUCUACCUUCAGACCUCCAAGCUCCUCUACAAAAUUCCCCCUGAGAUGAAGGCUGCUCAAAGUGUUCUCCUUCUGUUGCUCUGUUUUCUCUUCUUCUAUUGGACAGAUUGUUUUAUGGCUUUAUAUGUGACUUUCUCAUUAGAGAAGCAUUUCAUAGAAGUAAGUGCUCUAGAAUUUGUGGACCUUGGCUAUGCAAUCCUGAGCUCAUUUUUGCUGAUUCACAAGGAUGGACACCUGACUAAAUGUUGGCCUGCUCAGUGA